UGGCCACUCAGACUUCCAGACAGCUGCCAUGUGUUUGCAAAGGUCAAGACUUUGUGCCUCAUCUCAGCUCGCAACUGUCAACAGCUUCCCUCGGAACCUUCCGGCAUCCUUCUCCUGCUUGACUCUCACAGUGCCAUUAUCUUUCCAAGUAACUUACUUCAAGAGUAAACGGGGCUUGGCUGACUUCUCCCUUACUCACCAGUCGAGAAAGCUACGCUCAAUCUGAUUUCUGACUCCUUUGAGAGAACUCAUGGAAACAGAAAAUGAGACAGAAGAGGCAACACUCAAGAAAAGGGUCCUCACAAGACCUCUUCUUCUGGCUACGCUGGUUCCCUGCCUUGGAUCUAUGCAAUAUGGUUACAACAUCUGGGUCAUCAACUUCCCAGCUGUGAUCAUGCUAGACUUCUACAAUGGCACUACCACAGACGAGAAUGUGGUUGAUGUACACCAACAUCUUCUCUGGGUCCUGAUGAUGAUCGCCAUUGCUUUGUUCCCAUUUGGAGGUUUUGUUGGGACCUUUCUGCUUGGCCCCCUGAUGGAUAAAUGUGGCAGGAAACGCACCUUGCUGCUAAGUAACGUGUUGUCAUUGAUCUCUUCUGUCAUCUUGGGUUGUUCCAAAUUAGUAGAUGCCCAUGAAUUCUCCAUGUUUUCACGCUUUGUUGCUGGAAUAUGUUCAGGCAUGUUCUCAAGCGCUGUCCCCAUCUGCCUCGCAGAGAUCUCCCCAAAAUAUCUGAGGGGAGCCAUCAACACAGUGGCCAUACUCUUUCUCACCUUGGGCAUCCAGUUGGGUCAGAUCUUUGCUCUUGAGGAAGUCCUCGGGAACACUAAAGGCUUUCCAAUACUGAUGAGUUUUUCUAUGAUCCUGGCAUUAUUUGACAUCUUCCUACUGCCUCUCUUCCCUGAAAGUCCUAGGUAUCUACUGAUUCAGAAGAGGAAUGAAGAGCAAGCAAGGGAAGUCUUGAAGAAACUAAGAGGCCAGGUUGAUGUGGAGGAUGAGAUUGAAGAACUCCGCCUGGAGGACACUGCUGAGAGGGCAGAAAAGAAUAUGAACAUUUUUAAACUUCUGUGUUUACGAAGCCUGCGAUGGAAACUCCUCUCCAUUUUUAUAUUGAUGAUCGGCCAGCAGUUUGCUGACAUCAAUGCAGCAUACCUUUACGCAGAGAAAAUAUACCUGGCUAUGGGAGUACAAGAACACAUGUUCCCAUACGUUGGUGCAGGACUGGCCACUAUUUUCCUUGUUGUGAACAUGGUGACGAUUUAUUUCAUCGAUUCGCUGGGACGGAGGACUCUGCUUCUUGCUGGCCUUUCGAUCUGCUGUGCAUGCGCUGUGGUGUUGUCCGUGAGCAUCAAACUUCAGGAGACCCUCACAUGGCUGUCUUAUAUCAACGCAGGUUUGGUAAUUACUUUCGUUGCUGCACACAUCACUGGACCAACUACUGUUCCAAACCUUCUGACGACGGAAUUCUUCCUUCAGUCGUCUCGUGUGUCCGGCGUCAUAUUUGCGGGAUCUGUGUACUGGAUAUGCAAGUUUAUUAUUGGACUGACGUACAUAACUAUUCGGAAAAAAGUUGGGCCCUACGGCUUCCUCGUCUUCUUGCCAAUCCCCUUUGUUGCCUUGGUUUAUAGUUACAAAUAUAUCCCGGAAACAAAGAACAAGACCUUUUUGGAUAUCAGAAGACUCAUGGCAGUUCACGUACCCAAGAAGAUCCUGGCUAGGAAGCAGACAAACAGUUAGAAGCUUUGGAGGCAUUUUGUGUGUGCAAUGUUUUAUUUCAUAAUAACAAUAAAAGGUACAGAUUGCAAUAGAA